AAUCGAAAUCUCGUCCAAAAAAGCCAAUAUAUUAACGCAAGGACUAUUUACCCCUUAAACACUUGUACAUGAGCUCCAUUGUCAGCCCUUUGAGGUUGUUGUUAUUAGGGGCUCCUGGUUCAGGCAAAGGUACCCAAACUUCCAAGCUUUUAAAGAGAUUCCCAUCCAUUAACUCGUUAUCAUCUGGAGAUGUAUUAAGAUCACAAAUAGCUUUGAAUUCGCCAAUAGGACAAGAAGCAUCAGGUUACAUCAAGAUGGGAAGGUUGGUUCCUGAUUCCACAAUGGUUCAGUUGAUUACCUCUCAGUUGCAGCAGAAAAAUUGGCUUCACUCUGAUGCUACAUGGCUUUUGGAUGGAUUUCCCAGAACUGCUCCCCAAGCACAAGCCUUAAAUGUCAUCUUGUCUGAGAGUAAUGCAAAUAUAAAUAUGGUUGUUGAAUUAGAUGUGGAUCAAUCAGUGAUUUUAGAGAGAAUAGAGGCCAGAUGGGUUCAUUUGCCCAGUGGAAGAGUAUACAGUUUGGAUUACAAUCCUCCGAAGGUUCCAUUCAAAGACGACAUUACUGGAGAAUCGUUGUCAAAGAGGGAUGAUGAUACUGCUGAAGUGUUUCAAAAGAGGUUAGAUCAAUAUAAUUCAGAAAUAGAACCACUCAAACGUUUCUAUGAGGCACAAGGUACACUACACAAAAUUAGUGGGAACACUUCAGAUAUCAUAUUCCCAAAACUAGAGACCCUCAUAUUAGAGAAUUUUGGUAAAUAGAGAGCAUAUUCAAGAGGAGAUUAGUGUAAAAUACUGUAUUUUUCUUAUAUCUCCACUCAUAAGUAAAGUAAGAGAGUUUCGCAUCUCUAAAAUUUUGUUAACUUACACCACUAAAAUGAAGUUCUACAUUGACGAUCUUCCGGUGCUUUUCCCUUACCCAAAGAUAUAUCCAGAACAGUAUGCAUAUAUGUGUGAUAUCAAGAAGACUCUAGAUGUGGGAGGAAAUUGUAUUUUGGAAAUGCCUUCGGGUACAGGUAAAACUGUGUCUUUGCUUUCCCUUACAGUCGCCUAUCAAAUGCAUUAUCCAGAACAUAGGAAAGUCGUUUACUGUUCUCGUACAAUGUCUGAGAUUGAAAAAGCAUUGAUCGAGUUGUAUAAUUUGAUGGAAUACAGAGCCAAUGAAUUGGGCUUUGUGGAAGACUUUAGGGGAUUGGGUUUGAC